GGUAACUAACCAUCAUGCUUGCAUGCAAAUGACGGACAUUCAGACAAUGGAUUGGCAUUUAACCUGAGGCUUACUCCAGUAAACAGUAGCGGCAACCGAUGAGAAAGAGACUAAAGCAGGUUCCAUGCAAGUUUGUGCAGCUGAUCAAUCCCAGCUCCCAUUUGGCAGCACGAAAAGAUCUACACUGUGGCCGUGCCCUUUUCUGGCAAAGAGAGAAUCGGAGAUAUAUUGAACAAGAUAUUUUGAUCCCGUGGAAAAGAGGCGCUCUUUUGGGGUGACAAUCGCCUGGCCCAAGUUGCUGGAUCGUCAGGAGAGGUUCUUCCCCUUUUGCGCCUCACCCGCACGCGUGCACUGGACCAAUCCUGCCGCCGGCAUGGCGCCUAUAAAUAGGCCCUGGAGGGAGGCCUCGCUAGCCAGCCCGUGUGCACGAGUGAUCGAUUGACCAGGCUAACUACUUGAUUAGAAAGUAGCUUAAGGAAAGUUCGCGAUAGUCUUUGGCCAUCAUGCCCUGGCGUCUAGCUAAACAGGCGGAACCCACGCGCUCGGGCUCGGAGGGCGGGGACCCGCUGGACGUGGAGGCGCUGAGCGUGCGAUGCGAGUGCUGCGGGAUGGCGGAGGAUUGCACGCCCACGUACAUCGGCCGCGUGCGGGAGCGGUUCCAGGGGAAGUGGGUGUGCGGGCUGUGCGCCGAGGCCGUCAAGGAGCGGCAGGCACGGGAGCCGGCGCUCACCGUGGCCGGCGCCGUGGAGGCGCACGCGGCGCUGUGCGAGCGGUUCAACUCCACCGUGCGGCUCAACCCCAAGCUGUCCCUCGCCAGCUCUAUGCGCGACAUCGCGCGCAAGAGCAGCCAGCACCGGAGCGGCGGCGCCGCCACCGCGACCACCCCUCCAUCCGCAUGCGGCGGCGACAAGCUGAGCCGCGUCGCCAGCUGUGCGCUGCUCUACGCCUGACACAUGGAUGUGUGAUCCCUAUCGAUCUGAUCACCAACAACCAUAUUACAGCAGCACGUACGAGCUAGCGCGUUAGCUCAACGGGAUGCACUGCUUGCCGUGAUAUAUAUAUACUCACACGCGACAUGCAUGUAUACGUAGCAUAGGACAUGCAUGUAGCCGGUAAGUACUGUAGUAGCAACUGAUGUUAUUGCAUGUACUAUUUAAUUUGUGACGUCUUUAUACAUGAUACAUAGCAGUACUAAGUACGUUGUAUAC